UGACGCGUUUUGACCGGAAAUGGUUGCGUUUUCCUUUCGGCAUUUGUUAGCUUAUUAGUUUAGACGGUUGGUUAUAUCUCGAAGCUCUAAAGUUUGCAUCAGUUUGAUACUAAAAUGGUUGAGGUGUAUGUUAUAUUUUAAACAGGUAACGCACUUAAAGCUCAAAGCACUUUAAGUAACACAAACAUGUUAAAAUGGCUAGCUUGGCUAGCUUGUUCCUGGUGCGCGCAGCGUUGAUCAGCUGAUUCAUUCACAUGACUACUUGUCUGUCCGGUCCUGAAAAUCUUUCGUUCACAUCAGGAAGACGCUCCCAUUAAGUAGCUUUAGGAAUUGUUUUGGAGAUGAUAAAUGGCCAAGGAAAUUAGAUUUUUGAUACGAAACAAACUAGGCAGCUGAAACCACAGUGAGAAGCAGCUACGAGGUUAGCCAAACGUCCUCAGUGUUGUCGAAAUUCAAGAAAUUCUCCAAGAUGGAUCCAGAGAGGAAGAAGCUUUUAAACAUCAUCAUCCUCGGAUUUGGCUUUAUGUUCAUGUUCACUGCCUUUCAGACAUGUGGGAAUAUAGAGCAAACGGUUAUAAAAAGCUUCAACAGCACAGAGUUUCAUGGGAGUGGAUAUACCAGCAUGGCUAUCAUCUAUGGAGUUUUCUCUGCAUCCAACCUAAUCGCCCCCUCCGUGGUGACUGUUAUCGGGCCUCAGGUCUCCAUGUUCGUUAGUGGCCUUUUGUACAGCGCUUACAUCGCUGUGUUCAUCAACCCGUUCACAUGGAGCUUUUACACAGCAUCAGUGUUGGUCGGGAUAGCAGCGGCAGUUCUCUGGACGGCUCAGGGAAACGUGCUCACCAUCAACUCCACUGACAGCACCAUUGGCAGAAACAGCGGCAUAUUUUGGUCUCUGAUGCAGUUCAGUUUAUUCUUUGGUAACCUGUACAUCUACUGUGCCUGGCACGGACAUGUGCACAUCACUGACAAGGACCGCCGGACGGUGUUCAUCUCUCUAACGGUGAUCAGUUUAGUCGGCUGUUUCCUUUUCUUCCUGAUCCGGAAGCCUGACCCGGAAUCUUCAUCUCGUUCUGAGGUGACUGAGUCGCUGCUGCAGACGGACUCCAACGAUGCCUCCAUACUCAGCGCGUCUCACUCCAGCCUCUGUUCGAAGGCUCUGGACGCGUUUAUCAAAGCCUGUAAAAUGUUUGUCACCAAAGAAAUGCUGCUGCUGAGCGUCUCCAUAGGAUACUCUGGCCUGGAACUCACCUUCUACAGCGGGGUAUACGGGACGUGUAUCGGAGCCAUGACGAGCUUUGGUACCGAUGCAAAGAGUCUAAUUGGGAUAUCUGGGAUUUGCAUCGGCAUCGGCGAGAUCUUAGGUGAGUCGUCUUUCAUUUGUUGUGCCGUUGGCCCUGUCGACGAUUCAUCCUGUUUCCUGUCUGCUCUCUGGCCAGGAGGGGGCGUCUUUGGGAUGCUGAACAAAAACCACCGUUUUGGCAGGAAUCCUGUGGUUCUGCUGGGACUCAUCACUCACUUUGUUGCGUUUUUUCUAAUUUUCCUCAACAUUGCCAGUGAUGCUCCCAUUGCUCCAGAGCGGGGAACAGAUCUAGAGGCUUUCAUCAGCCCCAGUGUUGGGGUGGCGCUGCUCUGCAGCUUCCUCCUUGGCCUGGGCGACAGCUGCUUCAACACGCAGCUCCUGAGCAUCAUAGGGUUUGUGUUCCAUGACAACAGCGCUCCCGCCUUCGCCGUCUUCAAGUUCAUCCAGUCCAUCACGGCCGCUCUGGCCUUCUACUACAGUAACUACCUGCUGCUCCACUGGCAGCUGCUCAUCCUCAUCGUUGUCGGGUUUCUGGGAACCAUCUCUUUUUUUGCAGCUGAGUGGAGGGCCGAGUCCAUCAGGCGGGACUCGGACUAUGGUAGCAUCUGAACCAGGAUGAAGAAGGAACAUCUGGAAGUGCUUUGCUCCCACAGCUGGAUAAAGCAAUGCGAACAGGGCUGUCACGUGGAAGACUGAUGCUGUGGUACGUUUAGUUUUUACUGAGCUGCCCAGUUUAUUAGUGGUUUAUUUAUCCUGAUGAAACCAGAGAGCUGAAGGAGGAGGUGUGUCCUCAGCAGAUGUACCUUGUUCGGUUUCAUGCCCAACUUCUUCCCUUUUUUCCUUUUACACAGUUUUAUUAUCACUUAAUUAUUUGAAACUCGUUUGCUUGAAAUGGUGGAGGAUAAAGUGUCGAGCACUAUUGAUUAGAAGCUAAUGAAAUGGAUCUGCUGCAGGUAUAUGAGAGAAUAACGGGUUGUCUAUGUCCAGCUGCUCUGGGUGCAUGCGAGGACUUUGGUUUGACUCUGGAGAUAAACUCUAAAUGCGAUCAAGAGCACAAAUCCAUUAAAAGACCAAAUAAUUACGAGUAUUUCUUUUGAGCAGUAGCUGUAAAUACAACACUAAUACACACAGAACCGUGCAGAGGUCCUGAUUCAGCUCUGCUUUUUGCUCUGUUUGAAAAGGAGCUCUCAUCAGAAAGUGGUCAGGUGCAAGGAGUGGCGCUGAGUGAACGUAUUAACACAUUUUCAUUUGGACUUGCUUGUUUCAUGAAGACUUAUAACUUCUGAUCUUGUGUCCUGAAUAACUGAGAAUCUCCAGACAUUUUUAAAGACCUUCAGAAAGGGGAGAAUCGAUCAAGACCUCUUUAAAACUCAGGCUGCUUGGAAGAAAAACGUAAAGACAGAAGGACGGGAUCAGGAUUGAAUUGGCCCUAUAGACGUCUGUUUAAAAUCACUCAGAAAACAUCUAGGUGCUUUAUGGGUAAAUCACACGCACGCACACACACACACAUGUACGCAUGCACACACACACCAUUUGCUCUUAAACUGUUGAAGCUAUAAUUAUAUUUUUGUUGAAGAGAGAAGACCAGAAACAAUCCAGACUUCUAAAGUAAGACACACAGACGUAACCGAACGCUGACACUGAGCCCCUCCAGGGUCAAUGACCUCGUCAUGACGCAGAUGUGAGGUUUUCUUCGACAGAAAUCCAGUUUAAAGGGAAACCUGGUUUCAAACCUGAAGUCUUUGGGAAAUUCCUGUUCACACGUUUACCUGACUGGUUUAGCUGCAACUAGAACCAGAUCUCAUUACCUAUAAACCGUCUCUGCGUUCCAGUGAUUGUCUCAUUAUUACUUUUGUCUCACUGCGUUUAGCUCUGGUAGCAGGAGGUUGUUUGUGGAUGAAGGAACAUGAACAUCUUUCUUUGUUCUUCAACCUUUUCUCACCUCAAACAAUCCAACAGGGAAUGUUUUAGGAAACUUUUUUUGAUGCGUUUCUGGCAACAGUGAGACGGCGGGAUGAAAACUCAGAUAUCUGAGAGUAAAUCAGCUGUUUUUGACUCAAAGAACGAUAAUGAUGUUGAAAACAGAAACAGCAUUUAGGACUAGUUUAAAGAAAGCUGUCAGAUAUGACCCACAGACCAUUUGGAAAAGUCUCCUGCAAACACAAGGUGCUUUCUUAGAAAACACUUAAAGCCGUAUGUGUCACUGAGAGCAUGUUUCUUAUUAAAGCCUAAAUCUGCUGACAGAAUGUAUUUGUGUUUGGUCAGAAGAAGGUCAACUCAUUAAAUGAAACUGAGUUCUGGUACUUUAGUCAAACAUAAGUAAUAAAACUGUUAUUUUUUUCUUGCCUGUCUUUAAAUAUGUUGCACAUUGAACAAACUUAAAAACUGAGGCUGCAGACUUCAAUCAAUCAGAUGAAGUAAAACUAAACUGAUCUGAAUCAAAGCAGCACAAUAGUUUAAGUUUAUUACUCUGAAAGUGACAUGCGUUCUUUUGAUGUUCUUGUUGAUUUUGCUUAAUGUUAUUAUGGGAAUAACUGCAAUCAAGGAUGUCAAGGGAAAUAAUCCACAAAGGUGAUUUUUAUUUUAUACUUGAAUAUGGUAAUUAAGAAUCGAAAUCGACAUUCCACUGCUUGUUUUUUUUAUCAAUAAAUCAUUAUUUUGAGCCUUA